AUGCUUUCGAUUCUCAGAAAAGCUAGACUUAAAGAUAAGGAGAUGAGAAUUUUGAUGCUGGGACUCGAUAAUGCUGGGAAAACGACUAUAGUCAAGCGAAUUAUGAAUGAAGACAUAAGUGGUAUUAGUCCAACACUCGGAUUUACUAUUAAGACUAUAGAGUAUGAAGGGUAUGUGGAACCAAGGGAUGUCGGCGGACAAAAAUCCCUUCGAUCAUAUUGGAGAAAUUACUUUGAAAAGACUGACGCUUUGAUUUGGGUCGUUGAUGCUACUGAUCGUUUGCGUUUAGAUGUUUGCCGUGAAGAGCUUUCUGCUCUUCUUCAAGAAGAGAGACUAUUUGGAGCAAGUCUUUUGGUCUUUGCGAACAAAACAGAUAUCAAGGGAAGUAUGGAUAACUCAGAAAUACGAGACGGAUUAAAGCUCGACGCCAUCAAGUCGCACAAAUGGUGCAUUCUACAAUGCAGCGCUGUGACAGGCACUAACCUCACCGAUGGCCUCUCUUGGAUUUUAAAGGAUGCCAAGUCACGUCUUUUUUCCUUCAACUAG